AUGCCUCCAAAUAAGACAGCCAGCGGCGAAGGCGGCGAAGGCAAAUUCAUCUGGGAGGGUGCCAACGAGAACAAGCUCCUCCUCAUCAUUCUAGGCCGCCACAUCCAAACCUCCGAGUUCGAAGAAGUCGCCCAAGCAUUCCCCGGCGCCACCGGCGGCGCGAUCCGCAACCGUAUCGGCGUGCUGCGCGCGAAGCAGAAGAAGGUGUACGAGGAGCUCGGAUGGGAACUGCCUGGCGGCACGACUGCUUCGGCUAAGAAGGGCAAGUCUACGCCGUCGAAGCGCGCUUCUGAUGAGGAUGGCGAGAUCGAGACGCCGAGUAAGAAGCCGCGUAUGGUGCGCAAGAAGAAGGAGGUCAAGUCCCAAACGCCUGAGGAGAGUGAUGCUAAGGAUGAGGAAGAGAAGGUUGAUUAUGUCAAGUCGGAGCCUGAUGAGGUCUAG